AUGGACUACUCUGGUCUUUUUGUGAGAGAUGACAAUCAAUUGAAUGAAGAGAAGCCUCCAGCGCGAGUAUGUCCAAGGUGUAACUCAGACAAUACCAAGUUCUGUUACUACAACAACUAUAGCGUGUCUCAACCACGCUAUAAGUGCAAGAACUGUCGUAGGUACUGGACUCAUGGUGGGACUCUAAGGAACGUACCGAUUGGUGGAAGUGGCCGAAAAAUCAAGCGUACAAUGACUGAUCAGCCUUCUAUAUCUCAGGUGGUUUCUGUUGAGAACCAUCAGUUUAAUCACCACCAACCUUUCUUACAUGAUCAAGAGACCAACGGGUUUGUUGGAUCUUCUGCUGCUGCUGCUGCUGUUCGUGGGAACCAUUUCGGUUCUUUGCUUGAGUUUCAUGGUAAUAUGGUCACAAAUGUGCCUCCAUUUGGAAAUUUUCCACCAAUGGAGGCCUCGCAUAUCUCUGAUGUAUUAUUCGGACAAGGUUCUUACAACGUUGGAUAUAGUGAUUUGAUUGGUAAUCCUAUGGUAAACCAAAUAGCUGGUGGGUCUGUUGUUGUGAGCUCUGAUCAAGAGGCCCCAAACAUGUGGAACAUGGAUCAUAAUGCCAGCACGAGUGGAAGCAAGGGACAUAUCUCUAAGCACUAA